GCUGAAAGUCCCUCUCUACAUGCCAACACAAAAGCCUGAUUGCCUCAGAUUGUUUGUUUAUGUAAAUCAAAAGGGUGCCUUUAAUUCUGCAAGUGGGACUGCUAAGCAACGAAGGAGGUGGUGAUUGGCUGGACUCUCGCUCAUGGGCUACUGUCAAAUCUGACAAAUCCUAUUGCAUUUGCUCUAAGCUCUGUCUGGACACCUUAGGGAAAGAAUCUGGUUAUUAUGUACCAAAGUGAAUCGUCUGUACUCUUAGAGUAGGAGUUAGAACUAUAGGACGUGAAGGCAACAGAAGGUAUCUUACCAAGGACCUGCCCACUCAGUUUCCCCAAAGCUCCCUCCAGAUCGGACUCAACUGUUCAUCAUGACAGAUGCUCCAGUGACAUUUAUUCAGGCUGAGUGCAAUGGGGAUAAACCACCUGGAAAUGGUCAACAACCAAUCACUAAAAUCGAUGAGGAAUUGACUGAUGGGAAUGGCAUCCCACCACACUAUAGGGUAGCACCUGGUCUUGAAGAUUUACCCACAGAAGGAAAUCAGAAGGAAAGUGGAAAAUUACAAGGGAACCUGCAGCUCAACUGGGCCAGGGAUGAGAAGGUUCUAAAAGAAAAUCCAGAGGAGAACCUCUUUAUUGUUCAUAAGGCUGUCACAGAUCUUUCUCUCCAAGAGACAAGGGCUGAUGAAAUGGCAUUCAGAGAAGGGCAUCAGUGGGAGAAGAUUCCUCUGAGCAGUAGUAACCAGGAAGCAAGCAGACAGAAGCAAAGGAUUGCCAAACAACCUCUAGAAGAGAGAGAAGAAGAAGAUAGGAAGAACGAAGCUUUCCAGGCAACUGAAAUUGAAUGGCUGGGAUUUCGGAAACCUAGCCAAGUUGGCAUGCUGCAUUCUAAACAGGAAGAGGAGCAAGAGGUUUGGGAUAAAGAAAUGAAUAACGAUGAUGAUGAUGAUUGCCAAGAUGAUGAAGAUGAAGUUAGAGUGAUAGAAUUUAAGAAAAAACACGAAGAAGGUUCUCCAUUUAAAGAAGAAGAUGAGGCAAGUGAGGACUCCCCACUGAGCAGCGGCAGUCCCCAGCUGACACCUGAUGAGCAGCCAACCUUGGGGAAAAAGAGCGACAUCUCUAGGAAUGCUUAUUCACGGUACAACACGAUAUCCUACCGGAAAAUCAGGAAGGGGAACACCAAGCAGAGAAUCGAUGAGUUCGAGUCUAUGAUGCAUUUAUAAACUAACUGGAACUGAGAAAUUCUCACUCCCACUAAAGCAAAAGCUAAUUCUCUUGGCUUGAUAUGCAUAUUUCUAUGCCUUCUUUGAGUUACCCCCUUAAAAGACAUGGAAGCUUACUCUCUUUUUUUUUACCAUAGAAUGAGGAGGAAAUAACCCUAGACAAAAAAUUCUGUCUGGUAACCUCAAAUCAAAAAGCUUUAGAUUCAUUCUUGGGCAUGUGCUUUUAAAAAUUUCGCUAAUAUAGCAUUGUGUGAUAAGCAGUCAGUCUCACUGGGUAACCUGGCAUGAUUUGGCUUUAAAAGUAGCAUUGCUGGGAAAGGUAGUCUUCAUAUGAAAGAGUGAAAUGAUUUCUAUGUUUCUUUUAGUGUCUUUCUUCCUGUACAAUGGGGUGAUGGAGAGUGUGGAAUUAAAACUCUCUUAGUUUUAAACAUGAUUUUACAGACUCUGGCAGUAAACCUUCCAGAAUUCUUUACCUUUCCUAUUAUCAUCAAAAAAGAUUUUAAGUAGUUUUCUUUGGCAUCUACAGAGUGAAAAUUCUAAAGGCCUUCUUCCUAGCUACUACCACUCAUGGAAUCUUCUCGCCAGAGGGGGCUGUGCAAUUGUCAGUCAGGAGAAUUGUGUUUUCUAAACGUUGGCUUUAUGCUUUCAAACUGAAUUAAACCCAUUGUGAGGUUGAUACAGGGAGGGGCUAGAAGAUUGGUGGGCAAUAGACUAAAGAGUUUUAUUGGAUAGUUUUAUUUCUGUGACUGAAAAUAAAAUCUUGUCUAGCACAGUAAAAGUCAUUAAAAAUAAAAAUGACAGCUUUAGCACAAUUUUAAGAAAAUGCCCCUCUUUAUUACCACACUUUCUCUUAUUAACAGUAUCUCAGAAUAAUUUUCUUUCCUUAGAAACCUGAGACAACGCUAGUCAUAACUGUACUAGUUACUAUGAAAAUGGAAAUAAUUAGCUUAGAAUAUUUUCAAAGUGGAGCGUGAGCAUGUAUUUUUAGUGAGAAAGCUCUGAUAGUUGUUGGGAAUAUAUAAUUUACUGGACCUCAGCCCAAAUCAAGAUGCUUAAAAUUGUACUUGUGGAGCUUCACUCAAACCAAUGUGUCAAAUAAUGUAUUGAAUAUUUAUGAAAAGAGAGUCUAUAUUUAUAUUCUUAGAUAGUUUGUUCCACAAUUUUUCAUUUUAUGCUUCCGUAUAUAUUACCCUGAACUUUCUGUCACCACAAAGAUUUUUUUGGCCCUGAAAAUAAGAAGACAAUUCCUUAUUGUCUGAAUGUAAUACAGUCUUCAUUGUACUAUUCAACCCUUUGUUUAUUUCUUUUCAUUUUGUGAAAAAUCCUGGGUUAGUCCUUCUUAGAUUAUUGCUUAUUUAUGUGUAACAAGUCCCACACAUUCUAAUAACAACUUCUUUAAUUCUUCCUGGUCAUAUAUUUCCAAAGUAUCAUAUACUAUUAUUUAGCAUUUACAAGAGUCAAUUUUGAAUUCAGAAUUGAAGUGUUCCUUUUAUACUUUCAAAAACAAAACAAACAAAAAAAAAACUUAACAGCCUAGCCAUAUAAAAGAGUUCUGUUACUCUUAAUCUAUAGAACCUAUAGAUUUCAUUUGUGACUAUGUGAGUUUUCAGAAUAAAGUGAGGGAAAUCAGGUCUUUAUUGGUAAAGUUAGGUAGAAGAUUGAGGCACUAGGAAAGUUUCCUGUUAAUUUAGAGCCUGUGAAUCUUCCCACCUGGACAACAUAUUUUUUUUCUGGAUUAUAGAUGACCCCUGCAAUUUUCUACUUAACUUCAAAGCCCAGUAUUGUGUUAUCUGUCAUGUAACAGGACCAUAUUAUUUACCUACCUUCAAAAGAGCUUGUACUUUGAGUUACUCCAACAAAGGUGAUGAAUUCCUGCAGAACUUGAGCGAGGUGAGUGGCCUGCGGCUAUGUACUAUGGUAAAGCAACUGUCUCUUAUGGGACUCUAAUAUAUAUAUAUAGUAACCCUGUUCUGUCUAAUUUUGUGCUCUCACCAGACAAUUAACUAUGAAAGAUUUUGUCAACAGAGACUAUUUUAGGGUAUGUUAAAUUGGUAAAUGCUUCAUGUUCAUGGAUGAGGCAAUGCAGUUCCAAAAGAGCACUGAAACUGUUCUUUGGCAUUGGUGUUCUUUGGCAUUGGUGUCCAUUGUCCUAUACUGCCAUCUUUCACCAAGGCCACAGAGUUAAGUGACCGUAAGUAAUAGGAUGGUGAUGGUUAAUCCUUGGAGUCUUUGUAACCUAGAAAGACAAGGGUCCGAUUCAGAUUGCAUGGGGGAUAUUUAACAUAUUUGAAACUUAUAUGGAACAUGAUUAAGAACAAAAACUGGUAACUACACAUGAAGCUUUAUUUGAGUUUUUGUGAUUCAAGGUUCAGGAGUGGGAAGGACUCUGGUACCUGGUAGGAGGAAGAAAUAAUUUAUUACACAAAUGCGGAUAUUUGUUACAUGACUUUUUGUUUUGUUUUGUUGCUGAACAGGAAUUAAUAAUAGCUCUAUUGCUCUGCCAGUAUAAAAUUUACCUUUCAUAUAAUGCUAUAUUUGAAAACACAGAUUUUGCCAGAAUUUUUCUCUUUCUAUCUAUCUGCAAUUUAAAUAAAGAACUGCUGUGUCUGCUUUUCUCUCAAUAAAAGUUUGUGUCUUUA